UAAAGAUACACACACACUGCUGCAGAUGAUCUGAUUCUCCUUUAGAGCUGUUAUAAUGAGAGAUACUUCAGCAACACAUGAUGAUGAGCAUGAUGACUUUGAUGACUUUGACACUAGAGACAACACUGCUUUCUGGAGGAAAGCGGGCUCCCUCAGUGUAACUGCAGCUUCCCUUGGUCGCUCUCGAUGGUGUGUGUGUGUGUUCACUGUUUUGGCAGUUCUGUUGCUGGCAAUCAUCAUCUCCAUUUCUCUAACCAGGAUGCAAGUGGAUAGGAGGUUCUCAGCUGUAGAAAGUGACAUGAAGAAUUUGAGUCAGUCUUUAGUGUCACUCAUGAACAAAAUACAGCAUCUGGAGAACCACGGUGCCGAGGUUGUUCGGGGUGUUAAUGGACUGAGACUCAGUUUGAACAGUCUGCAAACCCAGGCUCAAGACUUCUUCACUGAGGUAGACAACAUACAGGAAGCUGUGACUCAGCUGAAAUGUCGUUUCAACGCUCUCCAAAAUAACAACACCCAGCAUCAGUGUUGUCCAUCAGAUUGGCAGCUUUUCUUUUCACACUGUUAUUAUUUUUCUGAUAAUGGAAAGUCAUGGAAUGAAGCUCGAGAUACGUGUGUGAACAUGAAAGCAGAACUACUGAUCCUGAAGAACAAAGAGGAGAAGGAGUUUGUAAUAAAGAACACCAGGCCUUUUUAUUACUGGUUUGGUCUGAGUGAUGAGAGAACGGGACAGUGGGAGUGGCUGGAUGGAACACUGUACGAGAUGGACGAAAGUGAAUGGAUGCCAGGUCAGCCUGAUAAUUGGCAAUUACAUGGUCUGGGUGGAGGAGAAGACUGUGCUCACUUCCACAGUGAUGGACGAUAUAACGAUGAUCACUGCUCCCGAAAUUACCGUUUUGUCUGUAAAUCACAUGCAUACACAGUGUGAAUAAUAAACGCAACACACUCAUUCACUGUGAAUGUGAAUUAGUGAGAACUAAGAGCUAAUAAACCACUCAUUUAGUGACCACAAAGAAGCACAAGUUCACUCAUAUUUUCAAUAUAAUAUAUGCAUAUAUGAUAAUAUAUUAAUUGAUUAUUUAAUUAUUAUUGAUUUAUUGAAAUAUUGACUACUGAAUCAGUUGUAGUUUGUAUUUCAUUGGCAUUUGUGUUAAUGUUUUUAAGAUUAACAUUGUCUUAAAAUGUAAUUAUUUAUCUUAUCAUCAUUCUGUUUAAUUUGAACAAAUUGUGUAAAUGAUUUAUCUUAAGUUUGGAUUAAAUCACAAAAGGCAUUAGAUCAGGUUAUCUGAGACAUUCCUUAAUCUUCAGCUUGGUGUCUGUAAGACUCCUGAAUGAGCUCCACUCUGGAGAGAGUCACGUCUCACUGUCUUCAGCAACAUGAACCACACAAUAAUUUCACAUGCUCAGUGAGACAGGAUGUUAAAACCCUACUAAAGUCCUCAUGAAUCUUGCUGGAUGAAUACUGACGAAGGAAUUGUGUUUGAGUGUGAAUGAAUAUCUGUUAAAUGCUUCAGCUUAAUAAACAAACCUGUUGAAUAUGUCCAAAA